AUAACAAGGGAACAAAAGCAAGCGGUAUUCGCUUUAUUGUUAAAAACUGAAAUGUUUCUGCAGGGUCGAGUCAUAAUUGUUUGGUUGUCUUGGCUUGUUGGUGGCAUUUGUGGUGUUGUUAUUUUCUUAAUUAUCAUAUGUUAUUGCCGCCUCAUGCCGCGCCAUCAGAAAUCGUUCGACGAACAAUAUCUUAAAAAUACAUACACUAUAAAAGAGGAUCAUGGAUAUUCUCAUCAAGAUUACAGCAGAAUAAAACACGCCGAGGUGCAGGUACAAAGACACAGCCGACCUGCGAGUUACGCGGGCGAUGCGGAGUGGCGGCGUGCGCGCGACUCGCAUACACACGCCCCCGCCCCUCCUGCGCCUGCGCACUGCUACGUCAACCGCGUGCCCGAGCGCGACCACGUCGCCGCGCAGUACGCCUCCAGCAGCAUGUUAGACGAGAUCGAAGGCGGUGUGAACGUGGACGCGCUGAAGACGCGGUCGCUGCCGGCCUUCCUGCGUCCAAAACCGCGUCCGCUCUCGACCGAGGACGACCUACAGCAGCUCUACGCUAAGGUAAGUUUAAGCAAGAAACACAAGAACCGUAUGCGCAGCGAGCACGCAGCCAUCAUCGCGCUCAGCAAGUCGCACAGUCAGUUCUUCGACGCCGAUGCUGUCAUCGUAUACGACCAGAGAACCGCACUUUAACCAUAGACACACCAACAUAAAAUGUGUGGCAAACACUCUCUUGAACU